CCCAGGCUGAGAGUAGCUGCUGUUUCUGAGAGGACGAUUCGAGGGGAGGCCCCUGGCGCGGGUUUCUUUGCCUCUCCCUUCCGCAGGCCCUGGCUGUACUUUAGCUGUGCCUAGAGCGUGGUACGUUCUCGUCUACCUACCUGACUUUCUGCAGAAGGCGCCUGUCGUUGAUCCAAUAGCUUCCUGUCGAAAGUGCCGGCCCCCGCGCCGGCACCGGCCGCUGGCGGGUGGGAAGGCUCAAGAUGGCGUGCCUGUUGGAGACCCCAAUCCGCAUGAGCGUCCUCUCGGAAGUAACAGCUAGCAGUCGCCACUAUGUUGACAGGCUAUUUGACCCUGAUCCCCAGAAAGUUCUACAAGGUGUCAUAGACAUGAAAAAUGCUGUAAUUGGAAACAACAAGCAGAAAGCCAAUCUCAUUGUUUUAGGAGCUGUUCCAAGAUUAUUGUACUUGCUUCAGCAAGAAACCUCAAGCACAGAGCUGAAAACUGAAUGUGCGGUGGUAUUGGGCAGUCUUGCUAUGGGUACUGAAAACAACGUUAAGUCUCUUCUAGAUUGUCAUAUUAUCCCUGCCUUACUGCAAGGACUACUGUCUCCAGACCUGAAGUUCAUCGAAGCUUGCCUCCGGUGCCUGCGCACCAUCUUUACGAGUCCUGUCACUCCAGAGGAGCUACUGUAUACAGAUGCCACGGUGAUCCCACACCUCAUGGCGCUGCUCAGCAGGUCCCGCUACACCCAGGAGUACAUCUGUCAGAUCUUCUCACACUGCUGUAAAGGUCCAGAUCAUCAAACAAUUUUAUUUAACCAUGGUGCAGUUCAAAAUAUUGCUCACCUACUAACCUCAGUAUCUUACAAAGUUCGAAUGCAGGCACUGAAAUGCUUCUCAGUUUUAGCUUUUGAAAACCCCCAGGUAUCGAUGACCCUGGUAAACGUUUUGGUUGAUGGAGAGUUAUUACCACAAAUUUUUGUGAAGAUGUUACAGAGGGAUAAACCUAUUGAGAUGCAGCUGACGUCAGCAAAAUGUUUAACUUACAUGUGUAGAGCUGGAGCAAUUCGGACAGAUGACAACUGUAUUGUAUUAAAGACACUGCCUUGUUUGGUUCGAAUGUGCAGUAAGGAGAGAUUACUAGAGGAGAGAGUUGAAGGAGCUGAGACACUUGCCUAUCUGAUUGAACCAGAUGUCGAGCUACAGAGAAUCGCUAGCAUAACCGAUCACCUCAUUGCCAUGCUUGCUGAUUAUUUCAAGUAUCCCAGCUCAGUGAGUGCCAUCACUGAUAUUAAAAGGCUUGAUCAUGACUUAAAACACGCUCAUGAACUCCGCCAGGCUGCAUUCAAGCUCUAUGCCUCUCUAGGAGCAAACGAUGAAGACAUCCGGAAGAAGAUCAUUGAGACUGAAAAUAUGAUGGACCGAAUUGUGACUGGCUUGUCUGAGUCUAGUGUCAAGGUGCGGUUAGCUGCCGUCAGAUGUUUGCACAGUUUAUCUAGAUCUGUGCAGCAGCUUCGAACCAGUUUCCAGGAUCAUGCUGUGUGGAAGCCUUUAAUGAAGGUUUUACAAAAUGCACCAGAUGAAAUCCUAGUAGUAGCAUCUUCCAUGCUAUGUAAUCUUCUUCUGGAAUUUUCUCCAAGCAAAGAGCCGAUUUUAGAGUCUGGGGCUGUGGAACUGCUCUGUGGAUUAACCCAAAGUGAAAAUCCCGCUUUGCGAGUGAAUGGAAUUUGGGCUUUAAUGAAUAUGGCAUUUCAAGCUGAACAGAAAAUAAAAGCAGAUAUUUUACGAAGCUUGAGUACUGAACAGCUCUUCCGGUUAUUAUCAGAUUCAGAUUUGAAUGUGCUAAUGAAGACGUUGGGACUUCUUAGAAAUCUCCUCUCUACUCGGCCGCAUAUAGAUAAAAUAAUGAGUACUCAUGGAAAGCAAAUUAUGCAAGCCGUCACCCUUAUUCUGGAAGGGGAGCAUAACAUUGAGGUCAAAGAGCAGACACUGUGCAUCCUAGCCAACAUAGCAGAUGGGACGACAGCAAAAGAACUCAUCAUGACCAAUGAUGACAUCCUGCAGAAAAUCAAGUAUUACAUGGGUCAUUCACAUGUCAAACUGCAGCUUGCCGCUAUGUUUUGUAUAUCAAACCUCAUAUGGAAUGAAGAGGAAGGUUCACAAGAACGCCAGGAUAAAUUACGAGACAUGGGCAUCGUGGAUAUUCUCCACAAACUGAGUCAGUCACCAGAUUCAAACCUUUGUGACAAGGCAAAGAUGGCACUGCAGCAGUACCUGGCGUGACGGGGGCGCCCUGGGCACCUGCAAGCAUCCCACAUCCUUGUUAAAGGAAGUACAGGAACUAGCCUCAUUUGAUUCCUUCUAUUUGCACAAGUCACCUUGGACUGCAGGGAGCUGUUUUGCAAAAGCAAUUUGGUAGGCUUAGAUCUCAAAUUCAUCUUGAGAACAUUUUUUUGAGGUAGUAAUUUCCUCAGAGGACUAUUGUGUUUUGUUUUGUUUUUUUCUGAGCUACCUGGACUCUUUAUUAGAACAAUCAAUCAUUUUCCUUUGGACCUACAAUUUUUUGCCUAUGCUGCAGCCACUUUGUGAGUGAGAAUGAAUGUGUCUCUGCACACAUAGGUGUGUGGGCGUGUGUGCCUGUGUGUGCACGUGGGUCAGAAUGAAUGGAUGUGUGUAUGUGAGGGAUACCUCAAGUUUUUCUUUUCUUAUUUUGUGUGAAAAUCUCUUUUCUACAGAUUUUCCAGGGUUUAAGCAUUGCUUGCUGUAUAAAAAACUUUACUGAAUUAUAUACAGUUUGAAUGAAAUGUUAUUUUAAAAACAAAACAAUUGUUAAGUGUUCCAUAAAGGUUAUGUUGAAUUUUGGUCAGAUGAAUAUUUGUAAGUAAAAAAUAUAUGCAUUUCUGAACCUCAACUUACAUAGAUUUUCUUUAUAAAAAAAAAAAAAAAAAAAAAAAGGUUGGCUGUAGUCGGCCUGAAUAACAGGCAUGAUAUAUGGUGCUGUGCAAAACAGUAAGCUAGCAUCUUACUGCCGUCAAUAUCCGCAGGUACAGAGCCUCUUUUCAGCCUAAUUCAAUAAGCUCUCAGGCGUCCAAGUCAGACGGACAGGGUGGAGUGCAGUGAGUCAGGCAACAAAGUUACCACAGGACUUUUGAACCAUCAGGGGAAAAUAUAACUACUGAUAGUGAAAGCCCAGCCCUGACCUGGCACGCAACACUUGGCAGGAACUGGGCACUGAGAGCCUCCCGACCGCCCUAAAUCCUGUCAUGAGUGUGGCGCUAUCUGGCAGGAUGUAGCGCCAGUCAUGGAACCUUAUGCUCAAACUAAAGUAUGUCAUCACUUCCUGGAAACAAAGUCCGAUCACCUUGUGCUUCCUGAAACAGCAUAUAUCACUGUGAAACUCAAGAGUGCUCUACAGACUGACCUGUAGAAAGAAGCAAAGAACAGGAUAGUCUAGAAAGCUGUUUUUUCUCUUAGCUAUACUCAGCUAAUUCUACUAGUCACUCAGGACUGCUGUUCGGCGUGCUUUUGUAAAAUGAGAUCAAAGUUUGAGGAAGAGACGUGGCUGAGACUUUGUCCUGACGAAGCCCAGAGCACUGAAGUUUGAGCGAGGGAAGGGGGCUCUCCCCAGCGGAUGGGAGAUGGCUUCUGGGACAGCGCGUGCUCCUUCACCCCCCUGCAGCCCUUAGCGUGGCACCUGGCUCCAGCUUCUGGGUCAGCUUCGAGGCGAACUCAGCAGACGUUGCUCUUUACUGUUCGGAGGCACAACCAGCCUUCCUUUUCCCUUUGCUAAAGGAAGUUCAGAGUCAUCACAGCCCGGAAGUGAGGUCUGUGGCUCAGCCACUUGUCAUGAGUCUGUGCCGCUGACAGAGCCCCACGACUCCCAGCCACUCCUGACGGGGCUGCUCCCACCACAGCCGCCCCGCACCAACCUGCACCUUCCUUGGAGGAUUUAAAUACGUUUGAUUGCAAAUGAAUGUUUUUAAGUGUAUUUAAUGCAAGUUUUCCUGUUCUCAACAUGACCACCCAAGAUUCAAACACAGAGAUUUCCAAGUUGUUAUUUUUUCCAGAACAUCACCGACAUGAAAACCUGUCACAGCGGGGACUUGGGUUUUGUGCUGCCAUCAGAGUGUUAACGUGAGAACGUCAGUUUAAAGCAAAUCGAGUUUAUUGGGAAUAAAGCCUUAUUUAGGUCCACUCAUUGGCAUUUCUAGCACUGAGAAAAUGUCUGUGGUUGGCAUUUGUAACACGAAACACUAUAGAGUUGGUAAAUAUAAAGAAACCAAUAACGAAUUGCUGAGACAAUCCUGAACCCAGAUAGCAUUAGAAAGCUGAAAGCCCAAUGAACUAACACUUUCACACUUAAACUCUGUGGAUAAAUCUUGCCUGUGGCUAUAAACAGAUGGUCAGAGAAAAAGUGCUUUACUAUAAUUAACUUUUCUGAUUUGAAUGAAGGAAAAAUGUAUUUAUUAAAGCUGUUUGCUGCUUUAUGCAGGUGCAGUGUUCAGUCAGCAAGGAAGUGGGAGGAAUGGGGCGUGGUCUGUGUCUCCACCGAGUCCUUCACUAAGCUUCUCGCUCUCUCUAAUACUGCAUUCUGUUUCUCCUUUUGUGCCCUGAUUGUAACCCAAAUUUUAUGAACUAGAAAAGAAUGUCCAGUUUAAUAAGUUGCAUUUUUUUUUUCCUUAAGCACUUUAUGCAGAACAAUACAUGUUCUUCUGGUAGUGUUUGGAUAAUAUGAUUUUAACACAUGCUAAUAAAAGCCAAGAAAAAAUCAUG